GUCCGGCAAUCGAUGUUUCAGUCGCUCGGGACAACCAUCAAUACCGUCUCUUCUCAACUAACGAAUCACUCAAUUCUUCACCAAAAUGGCUUUUUGAAAAAAAUCGUCUGAUUUAUUUGGUUUCGAUAUAUUCAUUCUUUCAUAAGCCACAUUGAAAGGUUUUUCCUUCUAGUAGUAUUGCAGUUUUUCGUCUAUUCCCAUGUUGAUAUAUCUUUUAUUUUCAUUCCCGUGGCUUUAAUUCGACGGUAAAGAGCUGAAUUAUUGAUCGUUUGGGACUUUACGAGUAGGAGAAGGCAACAAUCUAUUUUUAUUUCCUUUAUAAUUCAAACCCGUCUGGAAAGCGACUGUACACUGGUUCAUCAUGGAUGUGUUUUCAAGUUUCUUCGAGCAACAAGGAUAGCGUGAUGUGAUAUGAAUGAAAGAUGUAUCUUUUCAGGCCAAAACAGACUCUUUUUUGACCAUAACUAAGGAGUGUGUACCGGUGUUUUAGGAGCUGUAACUGGCUAUCUAACGUUAUGUUUUUGCGCUUGAAUCCUGCAUUGAAGUCAAGACCUCAGGAUGAAAAUCGCAGGCAAAUCAAUAGAGAAUCCGCUUUAAACCCAGUCCGAAAUCCACCAUGUCGGCCAGUUAAACUACCAUCGCUUUACCCAACAGUUUCAUUAAAUUCUCUUAACUCAAGCCCUGGAAGACAGGAAAACCUAGAAAAUUGGCUCCAUGUGGGCUCUAAUAACCCAAGUUUACGAAGUUCGGCAUCAAGUUGUCUAGGACGCGAGGCAAAUAGCGACGGAUCAGUAGCAAAUGUGGAUGACACUUGCCAGAGCGCGCCUCAGUCACCAGCUGCUGGAGGCAACAGAGUCAAAGGUACUCCAAUAGUCUUAGGCGCUACCACUGUCCUGAGAACAAGUACAACAGCAUUGGGAGUAGGAUCAGAGUUUGCUUCGAAUGCAGUUCAAAGUGUUGAGCAACAGAUAGAGAGCGUCGAAUGUGAGACCUUUGUCGUGGUCGCCAGUAGGUUUGGUAAACAGUAUGUCUACAGAUUCAACAAAGCAAAAUCCUUGAAUUUAUUUGGACCACUUCAUCCAUUUAGAAAGGCGAUCAUCCUUUUUAUUACUAAUCAAUUUUUUGAAUUUUUUAUACUUCUUACAAUAAUAGUAAACUGUAUUUUUCUCGCAAUCAAAAAUGCACCUGAAGAGCCGGAGUACGUUUUUGCAGCAAUAUAUACUUUAGAAAUGAUAGUGAAAAUUAUUGCCAAGGGAUUGUGUAUGCAUAAGUUCGCUUACUUAAGAGAUCCCUGGAACUGGCUAGACUUCGUUGUCGUAAUACUAGGGUAUGUCACUCUUGUUCCUAACGUAGCGAAUUUAUCAGGAAUAAGAACCUUUCGUGUUUUAAGAGCCUUGAGAACAAUAUCAGCAGUGGAAGGUCUCAAGACGAUGGUUAAUGCUCUUCUCAAGUCAAUGAAGAUGCUAUCAGACGUCCUCAUCCUCACCAUAUUCUUUCUUUGUAUCUUCGCUCUCGUUGGGAUGCAACUAUUCGUAGGCGCUCUUAGAAAUAAAUGCGUUCUUAAUGUGCCGCAUCAGAAUGCUACAAAUGACUUUUUUACAUAUGCAAAAAAUACUAGUGUUUGGCUUUUAAAUCCUGAAACUGAUAACCCAGUCGUUUGUGGUAACUCUUCUAUUGCAGGGAAAUGCCCAGCAAAUUAUACUUGUUUACCAGAUAUGGGAAUUAAUCCCAAUUAUGGAUAUACAAACUUUGAUAACUUUGGAUGGGCUCUUGUAACUGCUUUUCAACUUAUAACACUGGAUUACUGGGAAAAUGUUUAUAACUAUGUUUUAUCCGCCAUGGGUUCUUGGUAUGUCUUCUACUUUGUAAUGGUCAUAUUCUUUGGUUCUUUCUAUCUUCUAAACCUCGUACUUGCAGUUGUCGCCGUCUCUUACCAACAAGAAGUUCUUGCACUACAAGACAAGGAACAAUAUUAUAAUAACCUAAAGGGCGUGGCUUCUUCGUAUUCAUUUCAUGGAUGUGUGGUUCCUAAGCUUCUUCGUAAUGGAAAAUCCAAAACUAAAUCUCUAGCCAGCAAAUGUAAAAUGUCUUUUUGCAUUCCUUGUUUUUGGACUAAGAACGGCUCCAAGCCAUCAGAACAGAGUAAUGGUCACGCAAGUGACGCAGAGAGCAGUCACGCAAGUACUGGCGGUACCACACGUCACGAUACUACAUAUAUAGAAAUGAGCCAGUUAAAUGAGAAUAAUAACGGCUCAAAUGAAUCGAGAACUAAUGGGACAUCACUGGACACAAAAUCUUCAUCAUUUUUGUCUGUUGGUCGAGGAAUACAACUUCGCUUGAGUCCAGAUUCAGAAAUGAUUUCCCAGAAUCCUCAGGAGAGUUCGAGCGACACCUCUUUAGGGUUACCGAAAUCUUCCUUUCUUAGAAAGCUGAGUGCGAUUAGUGAACAAUCUUCACAUGAGGGAAGUGAAAAUAAUGUCAGUGCCAAUAACCACCUACGAAGUAAAUCAGUCAGUUUUGUGUCGAGAUGUCAGACACCAACUGACUCAAAAAGCAAGUCACAUAACCACGAGGAUAGUAAAAUGAGAACGAAACGUCCAACACGGUGGACGAGAAUGCAAAAGCGUAUAUCAAAAGUUGUCCUUAAUUCAGUGUUUGAUACUGUGAUUACUGCUUGCAUCUUAAUCAACACUUUGUUUUUAUCACUGGAGUAUCCAUCGAUGGAUGAGGACUUCCGAGCCGCGUUGGAAAUCGGCAACAAGGUGUUUACCAUGGUAUUUUUUCUCGAGAUGAUAUUAAAACUAAUGGUGUUUGGCCCCAGGGGCUACGUCAAAAGCAGAUGGAACAUCUUUGAUGGGUUUAUUGUUAUUAUCAGUGUGAUAGAUUUAAUGGCUGAACUGUUAAUAACAGAGCAUGAUUCAGGCCUUAGCGUUUUAAGGACCUUUAGAUUGUUACGUGUCUUCAAGUUGGCUCAGUCAUGGCGUACCAUGAAUAUGUUACUGAGUACCAUCGCACGCAGUGUUGGUCAGCUUGGAAACCUUACGCUAGUCCUUGGAAUCGUAAUCUACAUGCUAGCAGUCGUUGGUAUGCAAAUCUUCGAGGAAUACUACACGGCAAAAAAUUUCGACGGAGAGAUGCCCAGGUGGAACUUUACGGAUUUUUGGCACUCGUUCAUGAUGAUAUUCCGUGUGUUGUGCGGGGAAUGGAUAGAACCAUUGUACGAUUGUAUGAGAGUAAGCAAUGUCUGGGCCACGCUUUUCUUUCUGACCACCCUCAUCAUUGGAAACUUUUUGGUGCUUAAUUUAUUUCUUGCUCUGUUACUCAACGCGUUCGCUCGAGAGUCCCUCGAAGAAGAAGCACAGAAAAAAGCCAAGCAGAAACCAAGUAAAUUCGCUCAAGGAGUGCAAAGACUCAGCAAGGUACUGCGUCUGCGUGGAUCGGUUUCGAAGCCUACCAAAGUAAUACCAACAAUCCGAGUACAACAGGAUGGUGAAGGUACACCCGAUGGCCCGACAUUGAAUGGCGAAUCAAGAGUCACAGGUAUGAUGAAAUUUAUAACUUGCGCAUGCGCUUUGGAAGAUGAUCGACUUUUGCCCACUCAACAUCACCCAAAUACCUGUCAAAGGAUAGGAAAAUAAGACCUUCCAUCUGGAUUUUUCCACCAUCUGGGUUUGCUCGUAAAUAUACUUCACAGUAAUUUUUUUGAAAACGCGUCCCACAUCGAAAGGAGUGACUAAGGAUGUUUAGGCACCAGCGAUGCAAGCGGCAAAACGGGUAUGCUGGUCAUAGCAAGGGGUUCAUCAU